CAACUUAAUACAUGUCUCUGUUAUGUGUAAUGUGUUACAUUAUAAGGUGUAGACAUUAGGGGGUGGGUUAUAUUAGGAAUAGGGUGCCCCAAGUGAUUUUAUCAAAGGCUAGGCACCCCAUAUUUCUGAAUUGGGGUACCUCACCACGCAUCCCAACAUUUGGGACGCGGCUCCAACCUGGACCCACGUUUCUCAACCAUGAAAACGCGGCUCCAGCUUCUAUGCACAUUGGGUCUACUUUUUCUACAUGGUAAUCAGAGCUAUAGCUGAGCCUCCAUUGGUCAGCCCAUCUGCAUCUGAGUAGAUUUUUCAACCGUAAAUGUUUCUAUGACGUUCCUCCCACCCUUGGCACCCUUUUCUUCGACUUCCAGCUCAGGCCAUCGCGUAACUUUUUUGUGGACGUCAUAUUUUGGGGCUAUGGCCACUGUGGACAGCCAUUUGGGACGGCUCACUUUACCCUCCCUGCUCCCCGAUGGCUCCAACUUCAACCACUGGAAGCGGAUGGUGGUUCUAACAUUUCAACUCGUCAGCAUAGUUGGUGCCCUUGGUGACUCCACAAUCACCUCUUCGUCCACCGGUCCCAGUGCUUCUUCAACGGAUGACGCGCCGGCCACUCCAUCUUACGAGGCUCGUCGGCCCUCUGCUACCCCGACCAUUGCAGCAGCUGAGCAAGAACAGCGGGCAUUGCUGUAUCUUCUCUCCACACUUCCAACCCAGCUCUCCAUGUCUGUUUCUCCAACCGAGACUGCUGCCGGGUUGUGGGCUCUUCUUAACAAGAAGUUUGCCAAAACUGGUAAUCAAGCUCACUUUGGUCUGCUGCGUCAACUCUUCUGUGUCCGCAUGGAUCCCGGUCAGUCCAUCCGUGCCUACUUUGACCACGUUCGUGGCCUCGAUCUGCAACUGCAAACCAGCAGAUAUAGCCUUCCCUCUUGGGUGACUAUCACCUCUAUCCUUCUCGGUCUUCCCCGGUCCUAUGACACCCUCACUGAGACUCUUUGCUCUGUCAGAGAAAUCAAAGACAUGACACUUGAGUGGCUUGAGGGACACCUUGUGGAUGCUGAAUGGGACCGUGCUGCCAAGCAAUCUUCAAUCCCGGCUGAUGGUGCUUAUGUCGCACAAUAUGGAACAUCCAAACAGAAUUUCAUCACCCCUUCCCUUUCCUUAUCUUCCAUCACCAGUCGCCCAAGACUUUCACCUCACCUUUCCCGAUCCUUCCUCUUGAUCCAUCCUUGCUGAAGAUCGCGAGUCCACCCAUUUCCUUCACGAUUUUGCACACAUAACCCUUCAUUCCCACUACGAGCCCGCUACCAUCAUAGCCGCCCGUUAUUGCCCUGCUGCUCCCCACUGGCUAGCCGCUGCCGAUGCCGAAAUCGCUGCUCUCCUCGCCAACAACACUUACAGCAUUGUGUCCACACCACCCGGUCGCACCCCCAUACCUUGCAAGUGGGUAUUCAAGGUCAAAGAAAACCCAGAUGGGUCCAUUGAGCGUUAUAAGGCUCGCUUGGUGUUCAAAGGCUUCAGCAACGUCAAGGCAUCACCUAUACAGAGACUUUUGCACCUACCAUUCGCUUUGCCACGCUCCGCAUGCUACUCACCCUUGCUGCUGCUCUUGAUCUUGAGAUGCAUCAGCUCGACAUCUCCAAUGCCUUUCUCAAUGGCGACCUUGACGAGCUCAUCUACAUGACUCAAACCCCCGGCUUCGAGCUCACUGCUCCUGAUCGCUCUCCCAUUCCAACCCCAGCCAUACCCCCAUGGACUCUAAGCUCCUCCUCCCUUCCCACCCCUCUUCACAGCCAUCUCAAACCUUCCCAUAUCCCUCCUUGGCUGGCUCUCUCAUGUACGCCAUGGUCGCUACUCGUCCUGAUAUAGCCCACUCUACUGGCCUUCUCUCCCGUCACCUCCACUCAUGGUCCGACCCUCAUUGGCUGGCUGCCAAACGUGUUCUCCGCUACCUCAAGGGAACAUCUUCCCAUGGUUUACUGCUUGGUCCUUCCCUCAUCUCCUGGCAAUUCAAGAGGCAAUGUGUGGUGGCCACGUCCUCCUGUGAGGCUGAAUACUAUGUGCUUGGUGCGGCAGCCCAUGAAGCUCUUUGGCUCCACACUCUCCUCACCUCCCUUGGACUUCCCCCCGCUGGUCCCACCCCUUUGAUCUGUGACAACACAAGCGCCAUUGUCUUGGCCAAGGACGCUGGUGUCUUCCAUGCCCGUGCCAAGCACAUUGACAUCCAACAUCAUUUCCUCAGUGAUCACGUUGACAAGGGCCAUAUCUCACUGCACUAUGUCCCUACUCAUGCCAACCUUGCUGAUCUCGGUACCAAGCCUCUUUCCCGUGACACUUUUCAGCAUCUUCGAUCCUGCAUUGGCCUGCACCCUGCCUCUUCUUCCCGAGACUCUCCCUUGGUGUCACCCUAAGGGGGGGUGUUGUUGAGUAUCUGUUUUAGGUUUUUAUCUCGGAUGUAGUCAACUUAAUACAUGUCUCUGUUAUGUGUAAUGUGUUACAUUAUAAGGUGUAGACAUUAGGGGGUGGGUUAUAUUAGGAAUAGGGUGCCCCAAGUGAUUUUAUCAAAGGCUAGGCACCCCAUAUUUCUGAAUUGGGGUACCUCACCACGCAUCCCAACAUUUGGGACGCGGCUCCAACCUGGACCCACGUUUCUCAACCAUGAAAACGCGGCUCCAGCUUGUGGAACCACGAAUCCAACUUGUGGAAUCGCGGUUCCACUAGUGGAGGCGCUUCCAGGCCCACUUUGAGGGUUCCUCACGUCCCCACCUUGACUGUGGGCGACUUGAGCAAACAUUUGGGCACCCUAAGUCUCUUGGGUGCCAUUCUCCUCACCUGGACCAGCCCAAGUUGCCCAGCACUUCUCCAUCUCUCUCUUCACAACCUAGGCCUACUUAGCCCAAUGUCUUUGUCA